ACUUGUGGUACCAGCGAGGGUCACGAUGAUCCAGGUUCAGCCCGUUUCUCUGGGAGUCUGAUCGGAGUCUGUGAUCCAGAUGUUCAGACUGUUUCUCCGGAGGCUCCGGCCGAUCAGCGGGCCGCCGGGCCGCCUCCAUGGCCGCUCAGCUCGCUCCCUCAGCAGCUCUCCUCCGGAGAUGCCCGCUGACCGGGUCCGUAGCACCUUCCUGGACUUCUUCCGGCAGAAACACGGACACCUGCUGGUCCCGUCCUCUCCGGUCCGGCCCAGAGGAGACCCCAGCCUGCUGUUCGUCAACGCCGGCAUGAACCAGUUUAAGCCGAUCUUUCUGGGGACCGUGGACCCUCGCAGCGAGAUGUCUUCGUACCGCCGUGUGGUCAACAGUCAGAAAUGCGUACGAGCCGGCGGCAAACACAACGACCUGGAGGACGUGGGCCGAGACGUGUACCACCACACCUUCUUCGAGAUGCUGGGAAGCUGGUCGUUUGGAGACUACUUCAAGGAGGAGGCGUGCUGCAUGGCGUGGAGCCUCCUCACGGAGCAUUAUGGGAUACCUGCAGACAGACUGUACGUGUCUUAUUUUGCUGGAGACGCUGCCUCAGGUUUACCAGCUGAUGAAGAGACUCGGCAGAUCUGGUUAGACAUUGGGGUUCCUCCUGGUCGCCUCCUUCCAUUCGGCCUAAAAGAGAAUUUCUGGGAAAUGGGAGACUCGGGUCCCUGUGGCCCCUGUACUGAGAUCCACUACGACCACGUCGGAGGACGAGAUGCCACAACACUUGUUAAUGCUGACAGUCCUGACGUGGUGGAGAUCUGGAACCUGGUCUUCAUGCAGUACCACAGAGAGAUGGACCAUAGUCUGCGGCUACUACCCCAGUUCAGCGUGGAUACUGGGAUGGGACUUGAGAGACUGGUCAGUGUCCUGCAGGGUAAAAGAUCAAACUACGACACUGAUCUGUUCACCCCACUGCUCCAUGCCAUCCACCAGAGGUCGAGGGCGAGGUCUUACAGCGGCAGGACGGGGGCGGCGGACGAGGGGAAGGUGGAUAUGGCGUACCGGGUGGUGGUGGACCACAUCCGCACUUUAUCGGUCUGCAUCACCGACGGAGUUCAUCCGGGCAUGUCAGGAGCAGAGCUGGUGUUGAGGAGGAUUUUGCGGCGGGCCGUUCGGUUCUGUGUCGAGGUCCUUCAGGCUCCUCAGGGGGCGCUGGCCAGCCUGGUUCCUACUGUCGCCCACAUACUGGGCGACGCCUAUCCGGAGCUCCACAGGGAGGCAGACCGGAUCAUGGACGUCAUCAACGAGAACGAGGCCCACUUCCUGUCGUCUCUGCAGCAGGGCAGCAGGCUGAUCCGCCGGAACCUCGACAGAAAGGACUACAAACAUGGAGUCUUCCCCGCCUCAGUGGCCUGGUCUCUGCACAGGGACCUGGGCUUCCCUCUGGACCUGGUAGACCUGAUGCUGGAGGAGAGAGGAGUCCAGGUGGACCGACAGGAGCUUGACCGACUGAUCGCAGAGAACCACAAGGUGAUGUCUGAUCUGCAGUCAGGUGUUAAGUCUCAGAUGAUGCUGGACGUCCUCAGCCUGGCAGAGCUGGAGCGUCUCGGUGUUCCUCACACCGACGACAGCCUCAAGUACCAGUACAGAUUGGAUCAGGACAGAUACGUGUUCCCAGCAUGCUGUGCGACAGUCCUGGCUCUGUAUGAUGGGCAGACACUGGUGUCAGAGGUCACUGAGGGUCACCGCUGUGGUGUCAUCCUGGAUCGAACCUCCUUCUACUCUGAGCAGGGGGGGCAGUCACAUGACCUGGGCUACUUUGCCCGAGGCGGACUGCAGGAUGUCCUGUACCCUGUGGAGGCAGUGAUACUGGCGGGAGGAUACACAGUCCAUCAGGUGACUGCAGCCGGCAGCCUCAAGACUGGAGACAAGGUCCAGCUACACCUAGACCAGGUCCACAGGUUGUCCUGCAUGAUGAAUCACACGGCGACUCACAUCCUGAACUUUGCGCUGAGGGAGGUUUUAGGUCCUUCAGUUCAGCAGAGAGGAUCUCACGUGUCAGCUGAUCGCCUCCGCUUCGACUUCAGUGUCAAGGGUUCACUCAGCGUCUCUCAGCUGCAGCAGGUAGAGAGGUGUGUCAAUGACAUCAUCUCAGCCAAUCAGAUCGUCCACAGCCAGGCGCUCCCUCUAGAGACAGCCAGGCGCAUCAACGGACUGAGGACGGUGGACGAGGUGUAUCCAGACCCCGUUCGAGUGGUGGCGGUUGCAGUGGCGGUUUCUGACCUGUUGGAGGAUCGGACAGGCAGACAGACAUCUGUGGAGCUCUGCUGCGGAACACACCUUCUGCAGACGGGAACCAUCAAACACCUGGUGAUUGUUUCCGAGAGACAGAUGGUGAAAGGAAUCAGUCGCAUCGUCGCGGUGACGGGACAGGAAGCGAUACGGGCUCUGGAGGCGGGUCAGGUGUUGUCUCAGGAUGUGGACUCUUUGUCAGCUAGACUCACAGGCUCCGCCCCCCUCAGCAUUGACUCCGCCCAGCGUCUUGCCAAGGAGGUCGGAGUCCUCUCUGAUGCUGUGGAUAACACCCCCAUCCCUCAGUGGCAGCGCAGAGAGCUGCAGAGUCGACUCAGAGCUCUGCAGAGGAGCAGCAACACCGCCGUCAGGAAACUGGAGACCAGAGAGGCUGCAGUGAGAGCUCAGACUCUGCAGGAGAGGAACGGCACGAAGGAUCUGCUGGUGGACUCGGUGGAGACGGACUCUCUGUCGAUUUUGAUGAAGACCGUGAAUCAGCUGAGUGCUGCAGCUCCUCAGAGUCAUGUGAUGCUGCUCGCUCACCAGAGGCAUUCUGGGAAGGUUCUGUGUGCCUGUCAGGUUCCCAAGGACUCACCACCCCUACUGGCCUCUGAUUGGGCAGUGGCAGUGUGUCAUCAUCUCGGGGGGAGCGCUGGGGGCUCCGCGCUGGUUGCCAUGGGAACAGGAAGCAGCAGUGACAUCACUGAGGCUCUGAGGUGGGCGGAGGAAUUUGCUCACCUGAAAAUACAGCGAUGAUGUCAUCAUCACUCUGACAUCACAGCGUCUUUUUCUGGUGGCUUUUGGGAGCUGAAGGGGUCAGGUACCUGCGCCCCUGAGGAACUGUUUCCUGUUUGAACAGGAAGUGUGGGACAUAUGAGACCACAUGAGAGAGUGAACCAAUGAGAUGUCCUUUUGAGGAGAGAGGGGUGUGGCCAGACUGGUGGGCAGGGCUUCCUUACUGUCACUCGCUCUCUCUGUUGGUCUGAAAAGGCUGCAGCUGAACUGAGGUGUUUCUAAUAUUUUGUCCACCCUAUUUAUAUGAAAAUAUUAGAAACCCUGUUAAAAACAGAACAUUAGAUCACGAAGGGAAGAUUUUUAUUAUUUAAACAUUUGAAAUUCUCAAAUGAUGCUGCAUCCUGGAACAUGAUAGCAGAGAGGACCAUGCUACAGGUACAGGUAAUGUAAACCCCGCCCACAGAUGCACUCCAGCUCUUUUCAUUGGACGAUGAUAGCGUAUUUGUUUUAAAAUAAAUAAAAACAUCACAGCUCAGUCCC